AGUGAACAUAAACGAGAACAACAAACACAACGUGUGAUGACAAAUUUAUCAAACAAACUGCUUAUGUUUUCAUCGGUGUAAUCAUUGAUAUGUUAUAUAAUUCAUUAAAUACCAAAUGUAGAUCAUAAAUUCCUGAAUAUUAAGUGUUAAUUAAUUUGCAGCGUUAGUUUUUAGUGUUUUUUGUCUAACAGGGUCAUUUAAGACCAUUAACUCUGUUAAUUAUUCUAUUCUUAAAGAUGGAGUUUAUUAAAGAGGAGAGUGAAGAAAUUAAGAUGAAAGAUGAGACUGAAGACAUGAAGAUUGAAGAAACAUUCAGAGUGAAACAUGAAGAAACUGAGGAACAAACAGACCUAAUGACACUGAAAGAGGCGAAUCAUGAACUUAAUGAAAGGGAAGAGGAGAAAAAACAUUAUGAUAAACAUAAUGAUUUCUUGACUGGGGAAAGAUCAACGCAGGCUAAAAGUUCUUCUUUACGAAAAAGAGCUCAAAAGACAGGAACUAAAAGUUAUUUCACCAGCCAACAGUGUGGAAAGAGUUUCACAUGUGAAGGAAGCCUUAAAGUCCACAUGAGAAUUCAUACUGGAGAAAAGCCUCAUACCUGCAAACAAUGUGGAAAGAGUUUCAGUCAAAAAGGAAACCUUAAAAUCCACAUGAGAAUUCACACUGGAGAAAAGCCUUUCACCUGUCAACAGUGUGGAAAGAGUUUCACUGUAAAAGGAAAUCUUAUAUACCACAUGACAACUCACAGUGGAGAAAAGCCUUACACCUGCACUCUGUGCGGGAAUGGCUUCAAACGGAAACGAGACCUUAGGAAACACAUGAAUAUUCACACUGGAGAGAAUCCAUUUACAUGUGAUCAGUAUGGAAAGCAUUUCAGAUUUAAAGACCUAAUGGCACUAAAAGAGGCGAGUCAUGAUCUUAAUGAAAGGAAAGAGGAGAAAGAACAUUACGAUAAACAUCAUGAUUUCAUGAUUGGAGAAAGAUUGACACAGGCUAAAAAGUCUUCCUCACAAAAAAGAGCUCAAAAGACAAGAACUAAAAGUUAUUUCACCUGCCAACAGUGUGGAAAGAGUUUUGACCAACAUAGAAACUUUCAAGACCACUUGAGAGUUCACACUAGAGAGAGCCCCUUCACUUGCCAACAGUGUGGACAGAGUUUUACAUAUAAAGGAAACCUUAAAGUCCACAUGAGAGUUCACACUGGAGAAAAGCCUCAUACCUGCAAACAAUGUGGAAAGAGUUUUACUGUAAAAGGAAGCCUUAAAGCCCACAUGAGAGUUCACACUGGAGAAAAGCCUUACACCUGCAAACAAUGUGGAAAGAGUUUCAGUCAAAAAGUAAGCCUUAAAAUCCACAUGAGAAUUCACACUGGAGAAAAGCCUCACACCUGCAAACAAUGUGGAAAGAGUUUCAGUCAAAAAGGAAGCCUUGAAAUCCACAUAAGAAUUCACACUGGAGAAAAGCCUUACGCCUGUCAAGAGUGUGGAAAGAGUUUCACUGCAAAAGGAAGUCUUAUAAACCACAUGAGAAUUCACACUGGAGAAAAGCCUUACACCUGCACUCUGUGCGGGAAAGGCUUCACACGGGAACAAGGCCUUAGGAAACACAUGGAUAUUCACACUGGAGAGAAGCCAUUUAUGAUGUGAUCAGUGUGAAAAAAGUUUCAGAUUUAAAGGUGACCUUAAGUGCCACAUGAGGAAUUCACUCAAAAGAGAACUCUUUUAGAAGUCGUCACUGUGGAAAGAGCAGAGGUGUAAAGAGUAUCUGAAAACCACACUUGAGUAAAAGUACAUAUACCUGACAGCAAAAAUUACUCCCAUUACAAGUUAAAAGUGACAUUCUAAUACAACUCAAGUAAAAAUCUUGGAUUUUUUUUUUUUAUCUGUAUUUUUUUUUAUCUGUAUUUUACUCAUCUGUAUUUUACUCAUGCUAAAUGUAGGCUCAAAGACUAGUCCUCGACACCUGAGAGAAAUGCCAGUAAAAAUAAACAAUUGAUUUGAUUCAUGAGAAAUCAUGUUUAUUUUCUAAAAUCAAAAUAAAACUGAACACCUCAACAUUGCAAUAAAUCAAGGUUGACACAACAGGCACGAUUCGUCAACAGAAAAUACGUGCAAGUCCUCUGCCCUCUUGAUGGAGGUCAAUGCAACUAGGAGUACUUUCUUAAGGGUCUUUCUUAAAGACUCCUCGUCCUCCCUGACCUUGCACAGAAGCUGUGCGAGCAGGCUCACUGGGGGAAAUGCAAACUUGCAUAGACCCCGGGGCCAGCUGUGAGCCAGUGCAUCUGUGCCAAGAGUGCCCUUGGUAAGGGAGUAAAACAACUGGCAAUGGGCUGUGUCCGGGGGGCAAACGGAUCUGUCUGAGCGGUCUAAACCACUGCCAAAUCAGUUGGACCACCUGGGGAUGGAAUCUUCAUUCUCCUGGAAGUGGAGGCUGCUGUGAGAGCUCAUCGGCUGCACUGUUGAGCACACCUGGGAUGUGAAUGGCACAAAACGAUCUCAGAUACUUCUGUCUCCAAAAGAGGAAAUGGCGGGCAAGUUGCGACAUGCAACAGGAGCGUAGACCGUCCGGGUGGUUGAUUUAUGCAACGGUUGCAGUGCUGUCAGAACGGACCAGUACAUUCUUGACUGUUAACAGCUCUUUAUGUAAGGUUGUGGGCUGUAUUCCUCUCCUUCAGGUCGCCCAUCUCAGGUCCACCUGGCUCAGCUGCGGGCGGGGCACCGCGUCCUGCUGUCUGCCGGGUGGAGGCUGCUGCUUUGCGGUCUUAACGGGCGGAGGACAGUGCAUACUGGUGCCCUCGGUGAUGAGCAGGCGGAGUUACUGCAGGGCAGGAUGUGCUUAAUAGCCUCUGUCUGCUUCUGCACAGUCAAGAGCUUUACCCAGCAGCACUCGACCAUGCAGAAGCAGACAUUGGCGAAUAGGCCAACCUGUGAUACGGGGGACUCCAGGAACUGAUAUUUACCGGUCUCCUUCAUGUCUGCCAGGUUCAAGAGUGGCCUUUGCUUGACCAACUCAUCACCUCAUCACCUUAGUCGCCUGGAGAGCGAGGUUGGUGGCGGUUCUCAGCUUCCCCGGAAGCUGUUUAUUAAGACUAUCCUGGGUCAUUUCCAUGAGCGCCUUGGCUUGAUAGACCUGAAGCAGCGCCAUGGCAUGCAGGACAGAGGCUGCCUGUCCACAGGUUCUGUAAGCUUUCUCCGUCAGGUUAAAUGAGAAUUUACAGGCCCGGGAUGGGAGACACUGUUCAUCCCGCCAGCUGACGACUGUCGGACACAAUUGCAUCGCGACAGUGCACUCAACUACGUACCCCUUAGUCCUCCAGAGGACUCUGGCUCACCUUCCUAUGCCGCAAUUGACAUCUGUUCAUCAACAGGUGCGCCGGAGGAAACAACUGGUCACUCCACAGAGAGACCAGUAUGAUCCUCCAGCAGCACCACUGGCUGCUGUGUGGGGUUUAGGGGCCCACGGUGAAGUUCUAGGUGGGGAAGCCCUAACAGUAAUCCUCAGGUCACCAUGCCUACACACUGCACUACUGCCUUCCUGGCGUGAACUAGAAAAAAACAGCAGAACAGGGCAUAGGGGAGGGGACUCCCACCCCCUGAGAAUCAAGGAACGAGAAUCUAGACCUCAACACUGAGACAGUCAUAUUCGCACAAUGCAAAUAUGAACUAUCCACAAAAGCAUGCUGAAUGCCAAGGCAUGUGAUGCAGCGAUUGUGACAGUCAGCAGGGACCAGGGAAUGACUGCAUCCAAUAAUGCAGAGACAGAAUGAAAAAUAAGCAGUGUCUGUCUGUGAAACUCUUUUAGAAGGGAAGAGAUAGCUCUUUAUGUUGUGCUGAAGCACACAGGGGAUCAGCUGCGGUGUGACUGAGGUACACACUGAUCGCCUACAGUCAACACACACAGAGAGGAACCGGCCCAAAUCACAAACCAACCAAAACAAAAACAGCUUGCUGUGAAAACAGCAGAUUAGAGCUCUGUAAAGCUCAUGGCCACCAUUGUAAAGUGCUUUAACACACUUUACUUGUGUAGUGAAUUUUGCUCCAUUCACUGGUGACAUUGUGAUUUUUGAUUGUGUGUCACUUCAGAUGUGGUUAUGAGUGUAUCAGAUGACCCCUCCCUCCUUUGUAAUAUGGGGAACCAGUUAAGAGUAAUAUCUUAACAAUUUAAGAACACUCCAAAAGAGCUGUUCAAUUAAUUCAGAAUUAAUAUAAAAUGGAGGGAGUCGGUCAACUAGUAGAGUCUUUGAUCGUCAACACAAGGAAGACACAGUUAUAAUAAAAUCAAUAAAAUGUAUUACCAAUA